GUUUUCUCCGAAAAUUGAAGGGAAUUCCAUUCAAAUUCUAAUUUCUCGACCGCUUGACUUUCUUUAGACAACGCACAUUUCCUUCAACGUACAUGAUCCCUUCCGGACUAUACAGUCCUGAAAACUUUAAAGUGUUCACCUUAUAGUGAAUCAACCGCUGAUCAGACACGGACAUACACAUCCAAACGCCGACAUGGGCGUGAACAAAGCAUCAGUCUCCCUGCUGUUCCCCUGCAUUUUGUUGAUGGGAUAUUCUGUUAUGUCUUCCGGAGAUAAAGUUGUUUACCAACUGACCGUUGAGACAUGUGGAACCAGGUUGGCUGGUACAGAGUCUGAUGUGAUUGUUUCAUUGUUCAACAAAACUGGUGCAAAGUCAGAGACGACGAUCUCCGGAAAAGGAGGAAGAUUAGAUAUAAACAAGACGGAUAUUUACUAUCUGACAUCAAAGGACGCCGAGGACCUUGGUCCCGUAUGUAAAGUCAGGCUUCAUUUGACGAACACUGGUAGCCAGGCGUGGGCACUGAGGCGUUUAACGGUACGUCAUUCGACAACAAGUGACGUUGGAACAUUCGGCAGGAUAAGCUGCCCAGAUGAGAACAAAAUUGGCGAAAAACCGGUGACAUAUAAACGUAACGAACCUGCUGAUCCAUGGAAAGUUUGGGGAGAAUGUAACUGUGAAACAAGAACCAGACGACGGUUACCUGACCCAUGUAGGGACGCCGGAGGUGUAGAUGAUGAGAAGACGUGCACACCCGACAAAAGCGCCUGCGGUGAAAAUUUCGUGUCGUUCAAAGAACCAUCUGACGAAGACAAAAAGCCUGCAACCGACGUGGAAACGCCAGCACACGGCUUCUCCCUCGAGAAAAAGGUGGAACCCUGGGUGGGAAGAAGGAGCUGCAGCCUGGUCGAGGAGGGAACGACUCAGCAGAAGGAAAAAAAGCGCCAGGCUUAUAUCGCAGCCUAG